GGAAUAAAUAAUAAAUUUUCUAUAAAAUCAUGCCUUCUGCUUACUUCUUAGUCCUCCUUCUCCUCGUUAACUUGGUCAAAUCUGAUUGAGGGACUACAAAGACAUUGAUUUAAAGAAGUCUUUACUUCAGGCUCCAGUGUCUCUAGCUUCUAUGCAGCUGGCAUGAUACAGGGCCCGAUAUCCGGAGAUGAAUACAUCAUGAUGGAUCAUAGCCAUUCUGGAGGUACUGAUCGUACUGUUCAUGUCAGACAAAAUUAUCUGUCUGAAGAUAUUAUUGGGCCAAGGGAGUAGACUGGUUUUUGAGGUUCAUUGAGUAUACAUUUUUGGUUAAUCAAAUUUUGACCCUUU